AUGACGACGGCGACUCUCGGCCCCAAGAAGCGGCGGGCGGUUGGGCUCUGGUGCUGCGUUGUGUGCCUCGCGAUCUGCGCUAGGGUUUGCGGCGCGGCUAGAUCCGACCAGGAAACGCGCGAAAGGUUCUACGGAAACAUAGUCAAUUUGACGUCGCCGGAAUCCAACAACACAUUGGCCAAGAUGUUCGAUCGCGUUCUCGAGAAGGAGUUUUCCGAGAAUGACCAACCAGAAGGAUCUGACAAAAGCAGCUUCAAUAGCAGUGUCGCUGAUCAGCAGGCUGUAUUGGAGACUGUAGCUAAAAUUACUCAUGAGAAAGCAAAGAGAAAUGAUACACAUGAGGGAAAGUAUGGUCAUAUAUUGCCCAAUGUAGUUUCUCACGGAACAAGAGCAUUUCAGUUUCAAGAUGUGUUCUCUCUGGAAAAUGAAGAUUCCGAUGAUGUGACAACUUUGAUUGAUAAAAAGGACAAUGUCUUCGUGAUGUCAAACAAGAAAUCCAAAUAUCCUGUGCUUCAAGUGGAUUUGAGGCUAAUAUCAGAUUUGGUGGUUGUAAUAGUUUCUGCAGCCAUUGGUGGGAUUGCUUUUUCCUGUUUGGGACAACCGGUCAUUGUAGGCUAUCUUCUUGCAGGCUCCCUUAUUGGACCAGGCGGUUUGAAAUUUAUUAGUGAAAUGGUGCAGGUUGAGACUGUUGCACAAUUUGGUGUGGUGUUUCUUCUCUUUGCUUUGGGACUGGAGUUUUCCCUGGCAAAGUUAAAAGCUGUAGGGCCUGUUGCUGUUCUUGGAGGGCUACUUCAAAUUGUUAUUUUUAUGUUCAUGUGUGGCAUUCUUUCCAUGUUAUUUGGAGCCUCAUUGUCUGAGGGUGUGUUUGUCGGUUCUUUUCUGUCAAUGUCAUCAACUGCAGUAGUGGUGAAGUUUUUGGUGGAGCGAAAUAGUAAUAAUGCUCUUCAUGUUCAGAUUACAAUUGGGACUCUUAUUUUUCAGGAUUGUGCAGUGGGUUUACUAUUUGCUUUGCUACCAGUUUUGGGUGGUAACAGUGGCCUUUUACAAGGAAUAAUGUCAAUGGGGAAACUGCUGCUAGUGUUGUCCUUGUAUAUCACUGCUACAUCUAUAUUGUCUUGGUCGUUUGUUCCUCGAUUUCUUAAAUUGAUGAUGAGGUUGUCGUCACAGACAAAUGAACUUUAUCAGCUAGCUGCUGUUGCUUUCUGCUUGUUAUCUGCAUGGUGCAGUGAUAAGCUUGGCCUUAGUCUUGAGCUGGGUUCAUUCAUGGCUGGUGUUAUGAUUUCCACAACAGACUUCGCUCAACAUACUUUGGAUCAGGUGGAACCAAUUCGUAACCUAUUUGCGGCUCUUUUUCUCUCAAGUAUUGGAAUGCUUAUACAUGUGCACUUCCUUUGGAGCCAUGUGGACAUCCUGCUGGCAUCUGUUAUCCUGGUUGUAGUUGUUAAAACUGCUGUUGCUGUUUUAGUUACGAAGGCUUUUGGUUAUAGCCUUAAGACAGCAUUUAUUGUUGGUAUCUCACUUGCUCAAAUUGGUGAAUUUGCUUUUGUCCUCCUGAGUCGAGCUUCAAAUCUUCACCUUGUUGAGGGGAAAAUGUAUCUUCUUCUUCUAGGGACAACGGCGCUCAGUCUGGUUACAACUCCACUUUUGUUUAAAUUGAUACCUGCUGUCAUGAAUCUGGGUGUUCUCAUGCACUGGUUCCCCUCUGAAAGUGGCACACAAAUUGAGGGGAAAGCAUCACUGAAUGAAGCAAACAGAAUGUUAGGAAUCGGGGUUUCUUUACUGCGUUUCUGUUGCAAGUUCCAUGAGGAGCUUCACAUGAAACAGUCAGCAUAUUCACUUCUUCCAUUGGCCACUCUUAUUGCUUACGCUAAUCCUAUCACAUCAUACGCUGGUGUGUUGGCUUUUGUUGGCAAGCUGAGAAAGCACUUGCUGUUGCUUCUUCUGGCAAUGGAGCUCGUGCUGCUUUUACUCUCUCCUUUUGCUUCUCCUCUCAGUUAUGAAGGACAAGCAUUGUUGAAGAUUAAAGCUUCAUUCAGCAAUGUAGCAGAUGUUCUGCAUGAUUGGGAUGAUUUGCAUAAUGAUGAUGACUUCUGUUCCUGGAGCGGAGUUUUGUGUGACAAUGUCAGCCUUACUGUGCUUUCUUUAAACUUGUCAAGCUUGAAUCUUGGUGGGGAGAUAUCACCGGCCAUUGGUGAUUUAGGAAACUUGCAAUCCAUAGACCUGCAGGGAAAUAAACUAACUGGUCAAAUUCCAGAUGAAAUUGGGAACUGUGCUGCACUUGUUCAUCUGGAUUUUUCUGAUAAUCAGCUAUAUGGUGAUAUACCUUUCUCCAUAUCAAAAUUAAAGCAGCUUGUGUUUCUGAAUUUAAAGAGUAAUCAGUUGACUGGUCCUAUCCCUUCAACUUUAACCCAAAUUCCUAACUUGAAGACUCUCGAUCUUGCACGAAAUAAACUCACUGGUGAGAUUCCAAGGCUACUCUACUGGAAUGAAGUCCUGCAGUACCUCGGGUUGCGAGGGAACAUGUUGAGUGGAACUCUGUCGUCUGAUAUCUGUCAGUUAACUGGUUUGUGGUAUUUUGAUGUGAGAGGCAAUAAUUUGACUGGCACCAUACCUGACAGCAUUGGAAACUGCACAAAUUUUGAAAUCUUGGAUCUGUCAUAUAACCAGAUUUCUGGGGAGAUUCCCUAUAAUAUUGGAUUUCUUCAAGUAGCUACUUUGUCACUUCAAGGAAAUAGACUAACCGGUAAGAUUCCUGAAGUCAUUGGUUUAAUGCAAGCCCUUGCCAUUUUGGAUUUGAGUGAGAAUGAGUUGAUAGGACCCAUCCCUCCCAUACUAGGCAAUUUGUCUUUUACUGGCAAGCUGUACCUUCAUGGAAACAUGAUUACCGGACCAAUACCACCAGAACUUGGCAAUAUGUCAAGACUAAGCUACCUGCAAUUGAAUGACAAUCAACUAGUUGGUCAAAUUCCCGAUGAACUGGGGAAGCUUGAGCAUUUGUUUGAAUUGAAUCUUGCCAAUAAUCAUCUUGAAGGAUCUAUUCCACUAAACAUUAGCUCCUGUAGUGCCUUGAAUAAGUUUAACGUGCAUGGAAAUCAUUUAAGUGGUUCAAUUCCUUUGAGAUUCAGCAGCCUUGAGAGCUUGACUUACUUAAAUCUUUCUGCAAACAACUUCAAAGGGGCUAUACCUGUUGAAUUGGGCCAUAUAAUAAAUCUUGAUACGUUGGAUCUAUCUAGCAAUAAUUUUUCAGGGCAUGUUCCAGGGUCUGUUGGUUAUCUUGAGCAUCUUCUGACUUUGAACUUGAGCCAUAAUAGUCUUCAUGGUCCCUUACCUGCUGAAUUUGGAAAUCUUAGAAGCAUACAAAUGAUCGAUAUGUCAUUCAACUAUCUGUUGGGAAGUAUCCCUCCAGAAAUCGGUCAGCUGCAGAAUCUUGUGUCUCUGAUUUUAAACAACAAUGAUUUGCGCGGGAAGAUUCCAGAUCAGCUUACAAAUUGCUUAAGUCUGAACUUCCUGAAUGUCUCGUAUAAUAAUUUAUCAGGGGUCAUUCCUCUCAUGAAGAACUUCUCACGGUUUUCUGCUGAGAGCUUCGUUGGAAAUCCAUUAUUAUGCGGUAAUUGGCUAGGAUCGAUAUGUGAUCCUUACAUGCCAAAAUCGAGAGUGGUUUUUUCAAGGGCUGCAGUUGUUUGUCUCAUAGUUGGUACCAUCAUAUUAUUGGCAAUGGUAACUCUUGCUAUCUAUAGAUCAAGCCAAUCAAUGCAAUUGGUUAAAGGAUCCAGUGGAACUGGGCAAGGGCCACCCAAGCUUGUAAUUCUUCAUAUGGGCCUGGCCAUCCACACCUUUGAUGAUAUUAUGAAAGUUACUGAGAAUCUCAAUGAGAAGUAUAUUGUAGGGUAUGGUGCCUCAAGUACCGUGUACAAGUGUGUUUUGAAGAAUUCCCGGCCAAUUGCAAUUAAACGACUACACAACCAGCAUCAACACAACUCAAGGGAGUUUGAGACAGAACUUGAAACUAUUGGCAGCAUCAGACAUAGGAAUCUUGUCUCUUUGCAUGGUUAUGCUCUAACUCCUAAUGGAAAUCUUCUUUUCUAUGACUAUAUGGAGAAUGGCUCUCUGUGGGAUCUUCUUCAUGGUCCCUUGAAAAAGGUAAAACUUGAUUGGGAAGCACGCUUGAGGAUUGCUGUGGGUGCUGCUGAAGGACUUGCUUACCUCCAUCAUGAUUGCAGUCCUAGAAUCAUUCACAGGGAUAUUAAGUCCUCAAAUAUCUUGAUAGAUGAGAACUUUGAAGCUCGCCUGUCUGAUUUUGGCAUUGCCAAAUGUUUGUCAACUACAAGAACUCAUGCAUCAACGUCUGUGCUUGGAACAAUAGGCUAUAUUGACCCCGAGUAUGCCCGGACAUCUAGGUUGAAUGAAAAAUCCGAUGUGUAUAGCUUUGGCAUUGUUCUACUCGAGCUACUAACAGGGAAGAAAGCAGUGGACAAUGAUUCCAACUUGCAUCACUUGAUAUUAUCCAAGGCAGAUAACAACACUAUAAUGGAGACUGUAGAUCCUGAGGUGUCUAUUACCUGUAUGGAUCUGACCCAUGUGAAGAAGACCUUUCAGCUUGCUCUUCUUUGCACGAAAAGGAACCCUUUUGAGAGGCAAACCAUGCAUGAGGUUGCCAGGGUUUUGGCAUCACUACUCCCAGCACCUCCCAGCAACAUCUUUGCCCCCCCUUCAAAGACGAUCGAUUAUGCACAAUUUGUGAUUCAAAAGGGAAACAACCUUCAUCCCCCAGAAAUGAAUAGGUUACAAUCUCAGAAGUACAAUAAUGAUCAAUGGUUUGUUCGCUUUGAGAAUGUUGUAUCAAAUAACAGCCUCUAG